CCUCUGCUGCUGGAGGGACAAUGACCCCUCAGGGAAGAGAAACGAGGAAUAUUAGAAACCUGUCAGGAGAGGGAAGGCAGUUGGAGAAUGGGACAUUCUGCGGGGAUGGAAUGUUUCUCAUCAGAUGGAAAUGAGGAGCCAUUUGCAAAAUAUUUCAUUUGGAGCUUUUGACAAAUGUCACUUCCUCUGUAGCAGAAAACCCCAGGAUAAAUACCUCUGAGGAAGUGGAACUCCGAGGUAGCCAAAGAGGCAUUUUCUGACUCCCCCACAACCCCACCCAGUCUUUGGGAAACAACAGCAGGACAGAGCACAGAGAGAGACAGAGGGACAGGAAUGGAGAGCUCCUGGUGAUCUGGGCACUUUCUCCUUCAUGUUACUGACCUGGCAGGAUCCACUUUAGGACAUGGAUCCCAAAGGAUCAAGAGGUACCAGGAAGCAUUGCAGAUCUGCACAGACCCCCUUUGCCUGCUGCUGUCCCACAGUGAACAGGGAGCUGCUCAGGAGCCUCACCAUCCAUCCCUGGAUUCUCCAACCACUGACUCCCAUCCACUGACCACAGCCAGGGACCACAUCCCACUGCCUGCCCAGAGUCCAUCCAUGGAGGUGAGCACCAUGACCCCAUCUCCUGCCUCACCCACUGCAGGGGACGAUCUCUGUGAGAUAGAUGUCACCAAGGUGGCCAUACACAGUGUGACACUGCUCAUCUCCCUCUGUGGGAUGGCUGGGAAUGGGGUUGUCCUCUGCCUCUACAGCCUGGAAAGCCGCACCUAUGCCAUCUUCGACAUGACUUUCGCCGACUUCAUCUUCCUUCUCUGCAUGGUCCCCUCUGCCCUCCUCUUCCUGGUGGAGGACAUGUCCUGCUCUCCAGUCCUGCCCUUGAUGUAUGUGAGCAUUCUUUUCCAGCUGUCAGUGGUCUCCUUCUACUGGGGGAUGUACAGGCUGAUGGUCAGCAGAAUUGUGAUCGAUAUGUACAACCUCUUCAAACUCUACUGUGGAUGCCAACUUCCUCAGCGCCUGGGGUGGGUUUUGGACAGUGUCCGACGCUGGGCCUUCUUUGCUCUCUUCAAUUUAAUUCCUGUGGUGACUUCCCUGUGCCCAUCACAGGCGCUGGAGCACUGCCAUGCAGCUCUCAUCUCCAUGUAUGCUGUGAUCCUGAUCCUCUUUGCUGCACCCGUGGUCAUUUCCAGCACAAUUGACAUCAUCAGGGCCAGGUGUGGCUCCAAGAAGCAGAAACCCAAGAGGCGAGAAAACGUUAUCUUCAUCAUUGUGCUCUUCACUCUCCUCCUCUACCUCUGCAAUUUCCUGCAGCAGCUCGGAUAUUUACCCAUCUCAUCUGAGGUGUUUUUCCUGCUCCACUGCAUCCACAGCACCAUCAAACCCUUCAUCUACUUCCUGGCCGGGAGGUGCUGGAGUCCCUGCUCCAUAGGGUCCCUCCGGCUCUCCCUCCAGAAGGUCUUUGAGGAUAAGAAAGAAAAAACUGCCCGCAGAAAUAAUGCCACCAGGGAUACGGGGGUCUGAUGCUGUUGAUCCCUUCCACUGCUCUGCUGCAGGACCUCAGCACAGGUUUCCUUGAGUCACCUGAUUAAUAAAUAUCCACAGCUUCACCCUCCCUGUGCUGGUGUGCUCCUGCAGGAGAAGGGAGCAGGGACAUUGCCAGGGACAAUGUGGGAGGGAUGCUUUGCCAUAGACACAUUGGAGCAUGGCUUUCCUCCUCCCUGCCAUGCCCCCAUGGCUCCAGGCAGUGCAGCUGGGCUCAGUGCUGUGCCCCAGCUCUAUUCCCCAUGGAAUGACCCUCAUUGCCUCAGCCCCAGGGAAUGAACUCCAUCUCCUUUGGCUACCCACAUGAGUUUCAUGGUGUUUUGAGGGAUCUCCUGCCUGCAAAGACUGUGAUACACUAAUUAAUGCCUGGGGACACACCCAGCACUGGGUGGUGCUGAUUUCCCAAAUCCCUGUGGGUCUGGUGCCUCUGGAUGGCAGGAGAGGGGUUGGGAUCACAGGGAUCCUCCUUCCCCUUCUAUCCAGCAGAGCCAGCCCUGCAUUUCCAGCUGAUGGGAAGAGACACCAGGUAGGGCUGCAGAGCUGGGCAGGGACAGCAACAUUCCCUUGUGCUUUCAGUGGGAAUCUGUCACAUUCUUUAAUUCCAGGAUUGACUUGUUCUGAGUAAAGAGCAGGGUCAAAGGUGACCUCCACUGAAUACAUGAGCCUGUGAACAAAAAGAGCUUUCAACAUGGAUAUUCACAUCACCAGGUGCUUGGACUAUUUAAUUGCACAGAAAUUAGGGGUUAUGCUGCUGUUCUGCAGAAUGGGGCCAUCCUCUGGUUCCCCAGCAUCAAAGUCCAAGGAAGUUUUUCACCACCAGAAUCCAGAACCUGGCCACCCUCAGGAGGAACUGAAUAGGGACUGUGCAUAGCACCUUCAUCCAAAAUCCAUCUUGUACUGAUCUUUGUCAUUUUGUUAUUGCCCCUACAUUAAAUUUGUGUUUAUGUCUUUUUUUUGACUCCAGAAUGUAACUUUGAACCAAAAAUUUGUUGAAUAACCAACAUCCAGGCUUCUCUGCAGAGCUUGUCCCAGGUGAACAAUGUCAAAAAUGGGUAAUUUCUCAUUUCCCACAAUAUUUACGGCAUUUAAUGCCCUAUGCCCCUCUCUUAGCUGAAAAAAACAAAAAAAAAAGGCGUGACCAGGUUUUACCCCAAUACGAGGGCCCUGAUAAAGUGGAAAGUGUCUGACCUAAUAUCAUGUGGUGGCUUUAGGAUGCUUGUCAUCCCCAAUUGUCAGUUCACUUUAUGCUGGAUAUUGUUUCCUUCUGCACCCUGGAGAGCUUCACCAGAAUGGACUCACAUCAAUUUACACACACCAGCUGCUGUUUCAAGGUACUAAUCCCAAAGGAGCAAGAGGUACCAGGAAGCACUACUGAUCUGGACAGGUCCCCUUUGCCUGCUGCUGUCCCACAGUGAACAGGUCAGUGGAAUGUUUUCCUUCCUCCCUCUCCCACCUUCCUCUCCUCCAGCAGCUGCUCUGUUCCUGCCACCCUCUCCUGGUGACCACAGUGCCCUCCCCACAUCCUCCCCGCUCUGCGAUUCAUAGGGAACAUCCCAGUUCUCCUAUUUCCCUCUCCCUGCCCAGUGUCCAUCUAUGGAUGUGACCACCGUGUUCCCAUCCUCCCUCUCACCCACCGAAGGAGACAUCUCUGUGA